UCUGCCCCAACACGCAGGCGCAUCUCUUCAAAUCCUGUCCCUACCCGGGUCCUCUUUCUCUUCAUUUCGUUCCCCCUCCUCUUCCAGCACCUCGGCAGGUUCAAACUCUUCUCCGUGAGGGUGGCGGCGAUCGAGAGGUCACGUGAUGAGCAUCCUGCUGCCCAACAUGGCGGAGUUCGACACCAUCUCGGAACUGGAGGAGGAGGAGGAAGAAGAAGCGGCAACGUCGUCGUCGUCGCCGUCGUCGUCGUCGUCGGUAUCGGGGCCCGACGACGACGAGGAAGAUGAGGAGGACGAGGAAGAAGAGGAGGAUGAGGAAGAAGAAGAAGAGGAGGAGGAAGAGACGCCGCCCCCGCCUCGGGUAGUGAGUGAGGAGCAUCUGCGGAGAUAUGCCCCCGAUCCUGUAUUGGUGCGGGGCGCCGGCCACAUCACUGUGUUUGGCUUGAGCAACAAGUUUGAUACUGAAUUUCCCUCAGUUCUAACAGGGAAGGUGGCCCCAGAAGAAUUUAAGACCAGCAUUGGCCGUGUGAAUGCAUGUUUGAAAAAGGCUCUCCCAGUCAAUGUGAAAUGGCUGCUAUGUGGUUGUCUCUGCUGCUGUUGCACCCUGGGUUGCAGCCUGUGGCCUGUUAUUUGUCUCAACAAAAGAACCAGAAGAUCAAUUCAGAAGUUAUUAGAAUGGGAAAAUAACAGAUUAUAUCACAAGCUUGCUUUGCACUGGAAGUUGACUAAAAGGAAAUGCGAAACUAGCAAUAUGAUGGAGUAUGUAAUACUAAUAGAAUUCUUACCAAAAUAUCCCAUAUUCCGACCUGACUGAGGAAUUUUAUUCAGUCACUUCUGUGUUACUUGUCAUUUCCUACCCUUAGUGCCUUGUAGAUGAUUUUGGAAUGAAGAUGGUCUCCUUUGCUGUGUUCAACUUAUUCUUUAUUUCUUAUUAUUAUUCUUUAGAAUAUUCUCCUUACUGUUUUAUUUGUGUUGGUUUAAGAAGAAAAUUUGCACAUCUUUUUUUUGUUAAAUGAGGCUUGUGUUUUGCACUCUCAAUUUUUAAAUAAAUACACAGAGACGUAUAUGUAUAUAUAUAGUUGCCACUAAAGAUAAAACAUCAGUGCCGGUGUUUAAAAAACAAAAACAAAAUUUUGUUCUGAGCAUGCUGCCUUAUUAUUUUCAUACUCACUGUUUCUAAAUAUGCAUCAUUUUUCUAGGCUACUUAAUGCUCUGUAAUCCCUUCCUGGAUAUAAGUAAAUAAGCUUUUGGUAGCUUUUAGAAAUGGUUUUACUCUUACUUGCUUUUAAAGGACAUGCAAUUAAUAGCACUGGUUUUGUCCUGCACUUGGCUAAAUUAUCACUUAUGUUAGCGGAUAAAAUAUUUAAACUCUUAAAAGACUUGUAAAUAUUGUCUCUUUGCAUAACAUAAAAUGUGAUAUGCCAUGGUUUACAGAGUGUAAUAUUACUCUUACUGUAUUGCCAACAAAUCUGCAUAGAUUUUAAUAUGAAUGAAGUUUGCGAGCAUCCUUUUGAAUGUAUAGACUGUUAACAUGCUAUUUUAUGGCAGAGCCAUAAAGAGUUUGUUAAAAAUUUCAGGUGGAGGGCAGGAUUGCCCUUUGUAAUGAGUGGAUUAAAAUUGAAAUCAUUGUCUGAGAUAUUCUGCAUUGCACCUGAAACCAAGAACCUUAGUUUUUCAUUUAAUUCAGUAAUUCCCAUGUUGUCCUCCACUCCCACCCUCCAAAAAAUUCAUUUGACAUCCGACACAUUUCACAGCUUCACUGUCCUUAUUUAUUUCCCUUUAUGUAUCCUUUCCCUCAUUUGAAAAUGCACACAAUUAUGAUCUUUAAGGAGUGUUUGAAGAUUUCACAUGUCUGGGGAGGUGUCUAGAUCCUCAUGAAAGCCACUGCUAAUCCCUUUUUGGAGUUCUGAUAUUCUGCUCUGGGAAAGAGAGAGAGCUAAUUGAGAAGCUGUACCUAAAGAAUAUAUAGUGGCUGGUUCAUAAUUGAUAAAAAAUAUUCUUUAUUUUUUGAGAAUCUUUUUUACGUAUUUGGAUAUUAUUAAUGAAGAAAGACAAGUACUUAGACAGACAAGUACUUAGACUAAAGUAUUUUAGUUUAGAAAUUCCCCACACAUGUAGCCGUUUCAUUUAUAUGUACCUAUUUUUUCUUUUUCUCUUCACAAGAUGAGUGAGAAUACCACACUUAGUUUGAAUUUUUAACAUAAUUAUAAAGCUUUAUGUUGUGUUAAUUCAACUGCAAAUGUAUGCCUGUAUAUAGGCAUAAUUUGUAAUUCCUAUUGCUAAAAAUAAAUUAAAAUAAUCUGAGACUCAAUAAUAUCCUAUUUGUCAUCUUACUCUUACUACUUUUAGUAAAAAAUUUUUUAGAUAAACAUUUAUCCCAGUGAAGAGAAUAGUCAUUUCUUCAUACAAAGUCCAGUAUUUUAAAAGUCACUUUUAAAAUUUAUGCUGAAUUUGAAAUCCAUAGUCCUGGACAAGUAAAAGAAGAGGGAAAAAAGAGACACUAUUUGAUAUAUGACUAUAAUUGUUUGCACACUUUUCCACCUCCCUCUGUAGAGUCCCAUUACCCCCAUGCCACCAAGCCACCCGGAAUCUCUAACUUUUAAUAUGUGUGCCUGCAAAUACCAUUUGUCUGUCUGCUGCAAAAUUAAAUAUGUAUUUUUAUAGACAAGGUGGAAACCUCUGAAAAUGCAUACCAAAUGUCUUGUUUUAUAGCUAAGGUCAGGGAAAAAUUGUAUCUGUGGUUUAUGCUCCAGCUAAUAUCAUCAGGUUUAUGCUUCAAACUGUGACUGUUUAAUACCAAAAUUGAUUUCCAGAAUAAUACAAAAUUUCAAAUUAGCAGUGAUAGAACAAUUUUAAGUGUCAGUCCUUAAAAUCUCAUCUUUUUCUGUAUAUUUAGAAUUUGGCCAUGUGUAUUUAGAAUUUGUUCAUUGUAACUUUUUCUGCCAUGUAUAAAUCACACUUGGUUUUGCUCAAAGAACAGCAAGAAGUGGUGAAUUGUUUCCAUGAAACAAAUAUUGAGACAAAAAUAGUGUGUAUCUGAAGGUGACAGAAUAUAACCUAAGUUACAGUAGUAUUUGUCAUAAAAAUAAUUUGCCAGCAUUUGUAAACUUAAUUUAAAAACCUACUCUAAUUGCUUUUAAAUUUAUUAUUUUAUUGUUCAUUAUGCUGGUUGACUCAUCUUAUUUUCUUGAACCACUCAGAUAAUACCCAGUUUUCUUUUUUCUUUCUUAUAUGACUGCUUUUUCAAACUAUUUUCCUAUGUAAGGGGCUAUUUAGCAGUUGGGUAUUCUGGAGUGCUUUGGAGGGGGUGUUUUCAGUGAAAUUGGCAGCAGUGAAUGAUGAAAUGACAAAGCACACUGUGUGGUCAUUAAUUCCUCCCCCAUUGACCUUUUUUUCUUUUAUCCUUAGGAUAGAACAUACUUGGAUAUUUCUAUCAAGUUAGUAGAAUAUUUUUAUGAAAGCUGUUUUUAGGUUGAAGAAACUAAUUGUGAAUUUCUUUGUUACAUGAUAUUCUUUUAUGAAACCUGCUGUGGUAGGUUCCAGAGAAAAUAACAUGUAUUUGCCAAAGUGUAUAAAUCUCACAAAGCUUUGAAGUUACAAGUUAAAACUGUUCCUUCUCUAACUUUCCAUUACACAUGUCCAUCCCCAGUGCCCCUUUAAACACCUAAAUUAUGUAUAAAAUGAAAUUAAGGCCUAACCUUUUUCAACUACUUUUUGUUCCCUCCUACCCACGAUAUUAAUUUAAGAAAGAGAUCAUUGUAGUCAAACAUUAGAAGUAGAUGGAGAAGUGCCUUGUCUUUUUUGAACAAAGAUAACAUUUUAUGUUGAAGGAAACAGAAUGGAUGAACUGACAGAUCAUUAGAUUUAAAACUAUCCUUUUCAAGUAUAAGAAUAUUUCAUUUAUUUCAUUAGCAUAUUAUAUUUCUUCUAUUUAUUAUUUAAAGACUGUUUCCUUGUUUUCCCCCAAUCAUAUAUGUUAGUGAUAAAAUAUUACAGAACAGGACUAUCACUUACAAAACUGGUAUAAUUCUAAUGCUAGUGAAUAUGUAAUUUAACAUGGUUCUGGAAGAACAAUGGUCUUUGAUUGAAGCGCUACCAAAACCCACUUAAGUAUUUAAUGUACAUACUAUUUAUAUUAUUAUGAUCUAUAAACACUAAUACGUGAUCAAUUAAUCUGUGUUAACAUUUAGCACUCUACCAUUUUUAAUGUAUUCUUAUUUUUUCAUAAUUUGAAUGAAGUUACAAGAAUGUUCAUAACAUUUUUAAGGCUGAGAACAAAUAGGGUUUUUCCAAAUGUAUUAGAGCUUUCAAAAAUUAUUAGCAUUUUAAUUUUGUUUACAAAUAAACCACCACUUAAAAUCAAACCUCACUACUUGAACAUAAAGCCCCAAACAUGUCAUCAGAAUUAACUAUGUUGACCCAAGAGGAUAUAGAAAUUAUAUACACUCAUUUAAUUGGAGCAGUUUCACAUAUGGAAAUGUAUUUUGCUAAUUUGAUUAUAACAUGCCUAAAUUCAUUGAAGUUAAGUCCUCUUUAUGCCUAUAAAAUUCUGCUUUAAAAAAUUCAUUUUGCAACAGUUGUCCAAUUGUUUGGGUUCCUUUAAAUGGUGAACUAUUGGGAAAUUUUCCGUAGAAAAGGAAUAGAUUUUAUUAAUAAUACUUGUUCAUGUAACAUGGAGACUAAAAAAAGAAAGGAUAUGUAUAUCCUUAUCUUGCCCCAAAUUUCUCUUUUUUGAUUCUGAGCCAGCUUUUCAUUUUGAUGAUGGCAACCUGAGAAUAUAUUCCAUUUCCUGUGGACUUUGUCAAAUUCUUACUAUAUGAGGAAAUGAUCUAAUAUUAUGGGUUUUGGGCAAGCCACUUAAAUUACAUGUCAGUCUCUUCAUCUGUAAAAUCAUGGGGUUGAACCUAGGGCUGGACAGAAAAUUAGAGAUAAACUAACAUUCUGUGAUUCUAGGAAUCCUUAGGAAAUUUUUAGUCUACAGAAUCCCAGAAUGAUUUUUCUCAGAUCUACUACCCUUGGUGGAAAUUCUCACAGUGCCUUGCACACAGUAAAUGUUUGAUUUGCCAACUGGCUCCUAGCUGAUGUGUGUUCAUGUCACACAGACUCAAAGAACCUGAUACCUGCUAGACCUCAGCCCCUCUAUGGUAAUAAAAAUAAAUUUAGUUUCCCUAGGAACUAAAGGCUAAGAUCUGUGGGCUUUGCAUAUGUGGAAUCUGACUAUGCAUUUGGUAUCGAGGCAAGAAUUAUAACUGUGACAACAAUGGAGAUAUGGGAGGACCCACUUUGACAUUGAUGUGAAAAGUUUUCAUAUCCUAUCCAAUAUCUGCUUCAGUGUCUUACUAGGUUCCAUAUCCUCAAAAGAUCUGUUGGAAAAAAUUGAUAUUAGAUGGAAAGAAAAGUGGUAUGGAAUUCAAACCCAAAUCACUUCUGGUUUAAUUCUUAGCUCUGCUGCUUAAUUCCUCUGUACCUCAUGUCCUCAUUGUGGAAGUGGGGACAAUAAUCUGGACCUACCUCACAGGGGAAUUGAGGAUUUUUUUCAUAUAUUAAUGUGCUUUUGAAGUUGACUGAAAGAUAUACUGGAUAUCAUAAUUUUGUAAUUUCUAAAUAGAUUCCUUUAAGUCUAUGUUGUUAUGUUUUCUUUUUCAAACCCUACAGAAUGAGUGUUGUAUUUAAUCUAUUUUAUCUGUAGUAAAUUUUGUUAUUAAUGCCCUAUAUGUUAACAUGAGUAAUUGUGUUAUGUUAAUACUUGACUUAGGGAGGAAAAGCAGGUGGAUGUAAACCAGUGGUUCCCGACUUGGGACAGAUAAAGAUAGCAGUGGGGGCAUCCUUGAACCUGUUUUUAAUAUUUCAAAACAUAUACUAGAAAUCAUACAUUUACCCACAUUCGUGCCACAUAAACCAACUAAGACAUUGAAUUUCCAUGCAUUUUGUUGAUAUUUUUUCAAUCCUGCCUAACAUAACACUGGUUAUCACACACUGAUCAGAAGUUGUGAAUGACAGUUCUGCUUUUGAUUAAUAAAAGAAUGAAAAAGCCUAUUAUCACAUGCAGUUUAGUAAAUAAAAUUCUUUAAAACAUGGAAAAGGAAUAAUAAAGGGAUCCUUAUGGUGAAAAUGUUGGAAGCCACUUUUAAAAAGGAACUAAGAUUAUUUGACCUUCUCCACAAGUUACUUACCCAGUCCCUAAAUAAUGAAAUGCCAGACUGUGUGUGUGUGUGUGUGUGUGUGUGUGUGCGUGUGCCUGUGUCUGUGUCUGUGUCUGUGUGUGUCUGUGUUUUGGCUAGAUUGGGCUAUAUAACUUCAGGUUAGAAUUUGCCUUCUGUUCUCUUCUGUUUCGGGAUAACUGAGUUAAUUUAUUUGAGUGUGUAUUUGUAAAUUACAUAUACACACAUAGGAUUGCAAAUGCGGAAAGUGUUAUAUGUUCUAGCAUUGGAGUAAAUAUCAACUUCUGAGUCUUAAAGUAGUUCUGUGUCUAAACUCAUUAUGAGUCUAGGCAAUAAUUUCUCAAAUGUCUCUUUUAUUCCUGCUUAUUUUGUUGCUUUUAUCUUGGCUUAAUUUUCUUAAUUUUCCAUUUUUCUAGUAAGCAGAUACUGUAAAAUUAUUUUAAUGCCUGAACUUUGAACAAAUUACAAAUGUCUGAAAUUAUAUAAUCUACAAGCUAGUUUGCCCUCCAUGACUAACCACAUACAAAUACGAAUCUCAGCUGCAAAAACAGGAAAUGCUUGUAGCUGGAAAAUGGGCAAUGAUCAAAACACCUGUUUGAAAAGCCUAGGAUUUCUACUUUUUGGCAGAGGAUUCCUAUUGGGACAGCUUUACCAGAAAAGAAUAAAAGUGGAUAUGUCCAUUCAAACCAAGAACAUUCGUGCAUCUUGUAUUGUUAACAUAGCCUGUGGAAUGAAUUUAUUUUUCUCCCAAGUUUGAGAGUGACUCCCCUGAAAGAACUCAACCUAUAUACAGCUGUGCCAAAAUGAAGGACACCUGCCUCUCUGAAACUUUCACUGCUGCUUCUGUUGUUCACUUGUCAGAUAUAAAAUUUUAUUAUCUCAGGAUGCAAAAUUACAAUAAAGUGCAAAUCUAUGUUAAUGAA